UCUCUGAGACUGUUUCAGUGGGACUUCCCAGUAAGUAUUUCAGCAGGAAACGUAGUAACCGAGAGGCGAGUUCGUUCUUCAUCCUGACAACAUGUGUACUGGAAAAUGUUCCCGUUGCAUUGCUGUCACUCUGUACCCAUUAGCGGUCAUAUCUAUCAUCUCUAACAUAGUGCUGUUCUUUCCUGGUGGGGAAAUCAAGUAUGCCAAAGAUGGACAUAUUACUGAGGAGGUGAAAUACAUGGGAGGACUCGUUGGAGGGGGUUUGAUGGUGUUGUUGCCAGCACUUUACAUCCACAUGACUGGAGAAAAGGGCUGCUGUGGGAAUCGCUGCGGGAUGUUCUUAUCAAUUGCAUUCGCUGCAGUGGGUGUGGCUGGUGCCUUAUACAGCUUAAUUGUGGCAGUGCUCGGUUUGCAGAACGGGCCCCUCUGUAAAGUUGUACUGAUCUGGACAACGCCUUUUAAGGAGAGUGACCCAAGUUACCUGACUGACAGUUCAGGGUGGUGGAAAUGCACAGAGCCCAGUAACAUAGUGCACUUUAACACUGGGUUAUUUGGUACUCUGCUGGCCACAAGCUGCCUGCAGGUGAUUCUCUGUGGCAUUCAGAUGAUCAACGGCCUUUUUGGCUGCCUGUGUGGAACCUGCACCGAAAAAGGGCCACUGUAAGUUCUUGAUCAGGAAGCCUCUCAUCAUCUGCACUUAUCCGAGUCUGCUGGCGCCCCCUGCUGGAUGGCUGACAGUACUGCUGCAUCUGCAUUAAAUAUAUUCAAUGUUGUUUUUUUUGCAACAGAUUUUUAUAUUUCUGUCUUUUUUUUUUGAUGCUUCAAACAGAAAUCUGAAAUGUUUUGAAAUGUAUUAAGGAUGUUGUGAAGAUGACACAGUAUUUAUGCUAAUUCAUAUUAUAAUUCAUGGUAUAAUUUAAUUAAACUGAUCUAUUGCUACA